AUGAAGCUCGCGAACGUUUGUUGGGAGAUUGUGAGCUCUGACGAAGAGGAUCAAGCCUCAACAUCAACCAUUUCACCCAGCCAUCGAGCCCCGCCAAAGAAACCCCCAAAUCCAAGCAAUGAGAAAGAAAGUCUCCAAAAAUAUUUCUAUCAACCAUUUGCUUGGAAAUUGUUGCCAAAGAACAAUACUUGCGGUCCAAAUGUGACGACCCUAAUCGUCGUCCAUUCCGCCAAUCAGUACUCACUCUAUCGAAAAGCGAUUCGUGAAACCUAUGGAAAGAAAAAGUACCAGGAAAUGUUCAACUAUCGACUUUUCUUUGCCGAGGGAAAGAGUGAAAACUUGACAAAAGAGGCGAACCUUCGAGAAGAAGCAGCUCAAUAUGAAGACAUAAUUCAAGCCGAUUUCUUGGAUUCAUAUAGAAAUUUGACUAUAAAGUAUUUAAUGUGGAUGCGUUAUGUUCGCGAUUUUUGCCCUGACACUGAGCUGGUCUUGAAAAUUGAUGAUGACAUUUUGGUUGACAUUUUUUGGCUCUUUGAGGAAAUUAGAAUUAAAAAGAUAUCAAAAGAGAGAUGUUUCACGUGUCGGCUGAAUCAAGGGAAUGUGAUUCGAGAUACAACGCAUAAAUGGUAUGUUUCAAAGGAUGCAAUGCCCGAGGAUGCGUGGAACGUUUAUAGCAGUGGAAUCGCUGUGAUUCAGGGCAAAUUGAGUUUCAGCAACGAGCACAGCAGCAUAUUGUUGCCAUUGUACGGCUACUGUACUUCAUUGUUAACCUACAAAAUG